GGGACUUUGUUGUACUACCUCAACAACCAACAAUCACAAUCUCCCUCUCCCCCCAUUCCCUUGCACUCGAUUUAUCGCCAGUCGAAUAAUCGCGAGACUUUUACUGGAAGGCUAUUAUAGCUUCCUUGUCGAAGGCGAACGAGCUGAAGGCAGGCGACCAGAAAACAGCUGCAUGACGACAGUCGAACAAGCAUCUUUCCCUUUUCGGAACGGUCGGCAUCAACCACGAAGAGACGCAGAAACACAAAGCCAGGAGACGAGCCAUUGCAUCGAGAAAGGAAACGGACGACCUGAAACGAGUUCAACCCGUUUAACGAACCGAGCCGUCAGAGGCAGCAAGAGAGACGAGGUGCAAAUAAAUACCAGCCAAGAUGGUUUCUACAGCAGGAACCAUCGUUAUAGCGAUUGUGGUUGCUGCCGUUGUGGCGAGCGCUGCCUGGGUCGUCUACACCCAACUACGCGCAAGGAGAUUAGGCCUCCCACCCCCUUCCUUCACAUCGUACGUCCCAUUCCUCAAACGCAGCUCUCCUAGCGGGAGCGGCGGAGGAGGUGGUGGUGGCAUCUCCGGUUUCUUCCGCUCCCUUCGCAACCCCCGGUCCGCGCCAGGCGCCUACGAAGAGCCCCUCCAGGGCAGCAGCAGAGCCCGCCGCGGCUUCGGCCCCCUCGACCCGGACGAAGCCUGGGACUCGCGCGUCGGGUACGAGGCGGACACCUACGGUCCCUACGGCGCCUACGAGGAGCAGGAGCUGCGUACCACCACGGGCGGACGACAGGACGUCGAAACGGGAUAUUCCGGGGCGGCGGCCGGGGACGUGGGUGCGGAGAGCUACGACAUGAACCUGCCGCGGGACGUGGAGCGGGGACGGACUGGACCGAGACAGGGCCAGGUCGGCCGGAACCCCUUUGACGAUGAUGCGGAGGCGAGUAAUAUCAGCUUGCGCGGGGUGAGCCCUCGGCCCAUCGAUACCGGAGCGGACAACCGGCCAGGUGGGGGUAAUGGCGAUGGCGAGAGUCCGACCGAGAGGAGGUCGAUGUUCAAGGAGAAUGUCUAAAAGCGCUAUGAGAGAGGUCUCGUGUCUGUAUUUCUCCAUUUUCCCUGGGGCGACCAUAAAGCGCGGAUGCCGGCUUCUGUUCUGUUCAGUGGGGACUGGGGCAGGUUGGUGGUCUUCCUGCUGCCUUUUUUCCUGUAAAGAAUUAUUUUCUCUUGCUACGCGUGGCAUAGGCCUCGAGUUGAGGCUAUUCAUAUGAGACAUGACUUUGGUUAUACUCUUCAUCGUCUGGAUUGGGGUGUGGUGGGCGUGUUGUGGGAGAAGAUGAGAACGUCGCCAGUUUUCAUCCCCCCCCCUUCACCACGUCCAGCUCCUGUUCAUCCCCUCAGCGAUUCAAGUCCUGCGAAUAUGGUCAUCAUCAAAGGUGAAGCCGUGGGUGUCCCUUACGACUAGCCGCCAUUCGCACCAUUAGAUGACAUGAACAAGUUGAAUCCUAGUUGGGAACCCUUCGCCCGGAUUAACUGA